AUGCGAGUGCCAUUUACAGAGCCACAAGUUAAAUGUAUUGUAAUGCAAUUACUAAAAGCACUGGUUUAUUUGCAUGAAAAACAUGUAGUUCAUCGAGAUUUAAAGGUGUCUAAUCUUCUUUUAACAGACGAUGGUUGUUUGAAAGUUGCUGAUUUUGGAUUAGCGCGAACAUUUGGAGAACCUUCCAAACAAAUGACGCCACGAGUUGUUACUCUAUGGUACCGUAGUCCGGAAUUAUUGUUUGGUGCAAAAGAACAAAGUACCGGUGUUGAUAUGUGGGCAACAGGAUGCAUUCUUGGAGAAUUACUCAUACAUCGACCUCUUCUACCAGGGAAAACCGAGCUUGAUCAGAUUAACAGAAUAAUCGAUUUGCUUGGUACUCCAACAGAAAAGAUAUGGAAAGGAAUCGAUGAGUUACCUGCUUUGCGUAAUUACCAUUUACGCUCCCAACCGUACAAUAAAUUGAAAUGUGUGAUGGAACGUGCUAGUGAUAGUUGCUUGCAACUUUUAAAUGGUCUCUUCACCUAUGAUCCAUCUCUUAGAAUUUGUGCAAAAGAUGCGUUACGCUCAAGAUAUUUCAAUGAACCUCCAUAUCCAUGUGAUGCAAGCAUGAUGCCAUCAUUUCCGCAACAUCGAAAUCGAAAGCGUAAAAGAAAAAGCAGUGAUUGCAGCAAUAAUUGA